CAGUUCUUCAUUAUGAAUAUAUCAGGGUUUUGUAUGACAUUCGGAAAGUUUCUCGCUUUCUGCAUUAUUCUCAAGUGUCUAUUAAUAUUUUAUAUUUUUCUCAUACGUGCAUUGGAUCCAACUCGGGACAUCCUUCUUCCCUUCAAGUUACUAGCCUUCUCUCUAAGACGGAGAGAUCUCACAAAUCAAUGCCCUUUUGAGAGUUGUCACCUUCACUCGUAUGCCUUGAUCGAUAGUCGCAGUCCAACCUAGAAAAUUUUCCAACUAAAGUAUAAAUUAUAAUCUUUUAUAUAAAAUAACAAAUCACUAAUUUUAUUGGGUACAAUCUUCGAUACAAUAAUGUGUUUGGUGUUAGAGAGGAGAGUACAAGCCUAAUAUAGAGUUGAGCUAGGGGGUUCAGCAUUGGCCGGAGAAUGAGACACUAGACAAUCUAUGUUAUGCUCUCUCCCUUUCUUCCUUCUCUGCGUGAGUGUGAAAGUGAAUCAGUUUCCCCUGUUGUCGGGUCAGGAUCUUUUCUCCGUCUUUUUAACCCCAUGCCAUCAGAACCUUUAAAUCAUGGGAGUACCACCGUAGUUCUGGUAGGCUGCCUAACACAGGAUUUCCAAAUGAACAUCUUUCCCUAACCAUCUCCCGUCUCCAACUUGUGGGUCCAUCAGAAGAAGACCAAGGGUCGUCAGUUCCGCCGCUGACUACUCGUCUCCCCGCUAUGGCGUCGACGAAAUCCUGCAUGUUUUACAAGCUGAUCGUCGCUUCCAUUCUCGACGACAAGAAGCUGAGGGUCCCUGAUAAGUUUGUGAAGAAUUAUGGGGCGGAACUCGUUUCGAUUGCUAUCCUGACUGCUCCAAAUGGUGAGGCCUGGGUCGUAGAACUGGAAAGAUGGAAGGAGAAACUAUGGUUUGGCAAUGGCUGGAUAGAGUUUGUGGAAUUCUAUUCUGUUCGGGCUGGACAUUUCCUGACCUUCAGCUACCAAGGGAACUCGACUUUCGCAGUAAACAUAUUCGAUUUGGCAGCUGCUGAGAUCAAGUAUCCUUGUAGAAAUAGGCAGCCUGAUUUGCAGGGUAGUAAGAAUGAGAGUAGGCAAUGCUUGGUUCCUGAUCAUAAAGAGGAGCAAGCUGAAUGUGAAUUGAAUCCUUGCAAUUUUGAGAAGAGGGUUCAUGUUUCGAGUGCUGUUGAUGUCCAGUUUGAAGUGAGUGAACUUGUAAAUGGUAGUCGUGUAGGAGCAAUAACCAGAAGAAGUAACACACAAGGCGCUGAAACAGGAGGUGGUCUACAAUUCGAACCGAGUGUGUCCACAAGGAGGUGGAGAGAUGUAAGAGCGGAAGAAAAAAUGAGAACGGUUCGUGCUGCGAAUAUGUACAGGCCGAGUUACCCUUUCUUUCAGAUUGCCUUGAGGCCAUCUGAUGUGUACAAAGGCUUUCUUCUUCAUGUCCCGUCUCGGUUUAAGCAGCAGUACUUGGAUGGAUUCACAGGGAAUAUCACUCUCCGAGUAGGCAAUGGGGAACAAUGGUAUGUCCAGUGCAGCACAUCGCUAGGCCAAAGCGAGCUAGCCAAAGGGUGGUCGCAGUUUGUGUGCGAAAACAAGUUGGAAGAAGGGGAUGUCUGCAUCUUCGAGCUGGUUGAUGCCAUCAACCUCGUCUUCAAAGUGAUCAUAUUUCGGGUUCUCGAUGAACCAAGGCUGAGCCCCAAUCCUCUCCCAACUGUGAAAGUGGAACCGUGGCCAAGUGGAGGAGCUGAGUACGGUGUAUAGAGUUGUUGUGCCCAUUGUUAGAAGGGACUCAUUUGGGUUUUUCUGUUUAGGGCUUUGAAUUCAUCCUUCCUAUUCCUCCUUAACCAUUGUAACCCAAGAAGUUACAUUGAUGCGUUUAGGUACUAACACUAUGCUAUUUUGCCAAGUUGGUGUUAGACUCAGGUGGUUAAAUCCCACUGAAAUAGCAGUCAAAUUCUUUUACCAUAUCUCGUCUGCCCUGCACUCGAGAUUUGAUCCUUUGUAGCGUACAUAUCUGGUCUCGCUCUCUCUUGGCAGAGAGACAGGCAGCCAGCCGAUCAGAGAAAAGCCUGCAAAGUUGCUCGUAAAUCUGGAGUAUGGACUGAAACUUGCCCAAACUGGAAUGCUAGCUACUGACACUUUUGGAGAAUAAGGAAAUCUGUAGCUA